UUCUUAAGGAUAUAUAUUUAUAUUGAAUAAAUAUCUCAAAGUUAUUGAAGCUUUUCUCUCUCGCAGACCGGCCAAAAUAAGAUAAAGAAAUGUUGACGAAGAUUUUAUUCGUAGUUUCGAUUUUCGUAGCAGCAGUUUAUGGUGCAACGAAAAUUGACGGAGUUGAAGGUGAUGUGCUUACUCUUGAAUGUAGUUCGGGUACUUCAAUCGAUGUCAAAUCUGCGUUUUAUGGAAAUAACGUUGAUCCGGCAUGCGGCGACGCAAGCGCAUUGACUACUUUACAGACUUUAACAAAUGGCAAACAAACUUACGUUGUUACGUUAAAUAGCGACACGUUUAGUUCAGAUUGUACCGUAGAUAGAGAACAAGAUUUUACUGUAAAAUACAACUGUAUAAGCAAUCUAUUGACACAAACUACAAGCCAAGGAGAUACUGCAACUUUAUCUUGCUCGAAUGGGGAUAAAAUCAAAAUAAUAAAUGCGGAAUACAAAUCUGGAAGUUCAUGCCUUGACCUUAAUGCACUGUCGAUAGUACAAGGAUUGUGCGAUGACGAAAGCAGCUGUUCGGUUGCAGCUACUGAUACAGUGUUUCCUAAUAGUGACUGUGCAGCUAACAAAGAAGAAACAUUGACUAUUGCAUAUAAAUGCACUUCUGCAACCGGACCAGUCUACACACGUUAUGGAGCCAGUGGUUGUUCGGUCACAGCAGCAGUUGUUUACAAAGGCAUCAUGGCUGGGGCUAAACAUGAUGGCAGCGGAUCAGGUAGUAACUAUCAAUGCUUGACGUCGAGUCCAACGUAUGACGCUAAAAAUGCUGCUGAAAACUCAGAACGAGGCUAUAUAUACGGCAUGGAGCUCAAAUUAGACGCCACAGACUCUACCUCAAUUAUUGAUCUUAGCAAUGACGCGAGCACAAUACCUUGCACAGUUUGUCAAGUUAUCUCGAGUAAAUCUAUAUUUAUGGUAGCCGGAUUACUCACGUGUCCGUCAGGUUAUGCUGCCGAGUACACUGGUUAUUUAGCUUCCGACUCAACUGACGGUACUACAUCCAAAUCUUACAUUUGUCUAGACAAAGAUGCCAGUUAUGCAGGGGCAACCUCGAACAACCAAGGGCUGCUUUAUUUAACUGAAAUUAGAUGUGGUUCAUUAUCAUGUUCUACGUUCACAGACAAUGCCGAAAUUCCAUGUGCAGUAUGUUCGAGAUCUGUCGAGUAGUUAUACCAUACGUCCAUGUUUAGUGUGUUUGAUAGAAGUACAAUGAACUUUUAAUGACGAUAGCGCCUUUAACAUGAAAGGCUUUAAUUACUAACCUUAAAACAUUUUAUUAUUUGUUCAGCAUUAGAAAAAUACCCUACCUUUUUAUUUGACACAAGUUGGAAUAACUUAUUAAAAGAUGAGUAACAAUA